GUGACACAGCCCCUGGUGCUGUCCCCGCAGGGAUGCCGGAUGAGCAGAGGGAAGGGCUGCAGGAGGAGCUCAUCGAUAUCAUCCUCCACGUCCUCAAGCGCAACCCCCAGCUGCACUACUACCAGGGCUACCAUGACAUCGUGGUCACCUUCCUGCUGGUGGUGGGGGACAGACUGGCCACGGCCCUGGUGGAAAAGCUCUCGACGCAUCAUCUCAGGGAUUUUAUGGACCCGACGAUGGAUAAUACCAAGCACAUUUUAAAUUACCUGAUGCCCAUCAUAGACCAGGUGAACCCUGAGCUGCAUGACUUCAUGCAGAGCGCGGAGGUGGGAACCAUCUUUGCCCUCAGCUGGCUCAUCACCUGGUUUGGGCACGUCCUGUCCGACUUCAGGCACGUCGUGCGAUUAUACGACUUCUUCCUGGCCUGCCACCCGCUGAUGCCCAUUUACUUUGCUGCUGUG